AUGCGCCUUAUGCUUAGAUCUUCUGCAUCUAAACUGCUUUCGGUGCUAUGUGCCGCCGCAUGUAUGGACCCUGAAACGGGCAUCUACGAGUACAGGGCCAGCCAUGUGCUCCCUAUUGUCUUUGCCUGUGUGCUGAGUCUGUCUCUGGCCAUGCACAUCUACCAGAACUUCCGCUAUCGUUUCUGGAGAAUCACCUUCUGGAUGUUCUGGGGCUCUCUUCUUUACACAGUCGGCUGGAUUCUCCGCGCCAUCUCAAGCUAUAGCCCAGAGCAUGUAGAUCUCUACAUUGCAGCAACAGUCUUCGUCUACGCUGCACCCCCGGUCUUCUCCGCGUCGGCAUACAACAUCCUCGGCCGCAUCAUGCACUAUAUCCCCAUGUUCGCCUGGAUCAACCCUAACCGCACCGUCUUCUUCUUUGUCUAUAUCGGCACCCUCGUCGAGGGCCUCACAGCCGCUGGCGGCGCCCGUAUCGCUACGGGCGCCACGGAACUCGACAAGUACCGCAGCGGCGCGGCACUGAUCGCCGUGUCCGUCGUUCUCCAGAGCGUCGUCGAGAUUGGGCUCGUCUCGAUGGUGGCAAUGCUUCACCGCAAAUGCGCGCGUGCCGGUAUGCUCCCGCGGAAUCUGCGGUUCCUCUUCUACACUCUUUACGGUACCUCGACGCUCGUCCUAGUUCGGUGUAUCUACCGCGCCGUCGAAGCUCUCUACACCAUCGACCCACCGGGCGUCGCAUGCAGCGAUACCUGCGAGUACUUCCAACGGAAAGAAUGGCUCCUCUACGCGCUUGAUGCAGCGCCCAUGGUCCUCUUCACUUUUUGGAUCAACCUUCUUCAUCCUGGACGGUAUUUGUCCCGCGACAAGAAGAGGUAUCUUGAUUUCGACGGGGCGACCGAGCGCAUGGGUCCCGGGUGGGUCGACUCGCGAUCCAGAUUCGAGACGUUUAUCGAUCCCCUUGAUCUGGCGGGUUUGAUGAAAAAGAACAAACACCAUACGAAGUAUUGGGAGGAGCCUGAGAGAUGGCCGGUCUGUCAGGACGCUUUCACAACGGGUACGGCGUCAAAUGCUCGAGGACCGAGGGCGCCGUCUCCGAAGCCAGACGGUGCCGUUUAG